CUAAAAUUCGUGUUAUCAUAGAAACACAGAAUAAUUUUGUGAUAGAACAGUAAUAAUUAGUAACAACUACAACUUACAAGCAAGUUUGUGCUUUGCCACAAGUUACAACUUAUUCAGCAUUAAUACUUAAUGGUUAAUAUUAUUAUAGCUUUAAACUCGAUGUUUUAUAAACUAUUCUAUAAUAAUUACAGUAAUUGAUAAUUGUCAAACAAUGAUGACAGAUGUGCUAGUUUAAUGACUUACUUUUUUCACAAAAAGAAUACAUAGGUUAUCAUUUAAAUCAAUCAAUCAUUUAACUUUCAAAAAUGGAUAGUACUGCUCUGGAACGUAAAUUGAAUAGCAAAACAGCAGCUCUCACAGUAUUAAGUGAAGAAUUAGAGAAAUGUCGAAUAGAACGGGAUCAUUUGAAAAUCAUUUUAGAAAAUAAAAUGUUACAUAGUACAUACAAUAGAAAUUACCAAUUGAAUUACGACAAACUCGUGAAUCAACUUAGAGAAGAAAAUAAGAUACUGAGAUUGGAAGCAGAAGAUAUACGUCAAAAAUUACAAGAUGCUCAAGGUGACAACCAAGUUUUAAGAACUGGCGGUUUUGUCAAGGAUUGUAUAAAUACAAUAUUAACAAGCUCUGAUAGUAAAGAAGAAUUAGUAAAAAAUUUAGAAAUCAUCCAUUCAAAAUAUCAGCAAUUAAAGCUUGAUUUUGGUUUAUUACUGGAUGAUAAACAAGAAUUGAUUACCGAACGAGAUGGAUUUAGGAAUAAAAUACGACGGUUAAAUUAUCAAUUAGCAGCUUCUUUAAAUGCUAAUAAGAAUCAACGUGUAUUAGAUAUUGAUAGUUUGUUAUUAGAAAACAAGUAUUUAAAUGAAAGUCUGCAGUUAGAGAUCGCCGAAAAGGAAAUGAUAAGGAAAACAAAUUCACUAUACCAGAGUACAUCAAAAACUAAUGAAGAUUCAUCUUUAGUGUCUGCUAAUAAUUCAAUAACCCGUAAAGUAAUAGCUUGCAAACAGAUGCAACAAAUUUUGGAAACUGGGAAUCUUCAAGCUUUGUUUUCAAACAACACAACCCUUGCAGAUUUAAGAAAGUUAUGUCAGACACUAUUUGAAGCAUUGCAAGAUAAAACUAUAGCACUUAAUCAUCAGAAAAAAACAAAUAAAAUAUUAGCUAAACGAUUGGAAGACUUAGAAAAAAAGAUAAAAACAAUUAAUCAAGGGGAAGCCAUUAUGUCACCUUCGCUGGUUUUAUUGAAUGAAUGUUCAAAUACAUCUGAUGAUACUGAUUUUGAAACAAGUUCUAUUGAUGAAUCAAACACUUGUCUAAUCUCUAAAGAAGAUGAUUCUAUUAUUAAAAAUAUUAAUUUAGAUAAGUAUCCUAAUGAAAUGAAUACACUACCAAAAAAUUUGCAGCAACUUGUAACUGAGGCUAUGCAAACAAUGACCUUUGAUUCAUCUACUCCUACCCCUACUAAAGCUUGUCUUAGUUCUGCUUCAGAUUAAAUAUAUUAUGUAAUACUCUAUACAAUAUAAUGUUACAUUUUUUGUCAUUUGUUUUAUUGUAUACUAAGUGUUAUUGUACAAAGAACCUAGUUUACUAGAACUUGAUUUUAAGUUUUUAACUAUUUAUAAUUUUUUCAAGAUAAAGUUAAAUUAUCACUGUCACACAUUCUAUGUUAUGUUUGUUAUGUUUAAUAUUGUAUAUGUCUAAAACCGCAAUAGCAUCAUCGCCAUCAUGCAGUUUAUAUAUGUCUGUAACGCUUUUUCUAAAUUUAAAAAAAAUGAUAUACUUAUACACUGACAUUUUUAAAUAUUUGAUUCACCAACUUAAAAAAUCUACAAAGUAUAAACCAUUAAUAGAAUCUAAAUAACACUAAGACACAAUUGGUGGAAGGAUAUUUUGCUGUUAUAGUGUUAAUUUUAGCUGGUACAAAAACAUUUAUUAAAAUAUUAUUUUAUUUUUAUUAACCAUUUUACAUUAGAACCAUUGCACUUUUUCUUUACAAUAAAAUAACAAUUGUUUAGUUUAAUAUCUUUGACACCUGUAUAAUACUAAUUUGUAAUAUUCAUAUGUUUUAAAUAAGUAUACCUAUGAUUGUUCUAUCA